UCCCUCUCUUAAUCUCUUCAGACUCGGUAGGCCGAGAGUGGUCGACGUGAUAUUCAACAAGGGCAAGAUGGCAUCGUCGUCUCGCAAGGAGCCCUUGUCCGUCGAUGCACUCUUGCAAAAGCAAAGGGAAGAGGCUACUUUCAAGCCGAAGUUUUUGAGCAAGGCCGAGCGGCAGAAGCAGGCUUUGGAAAAGCGAGAAGCCGACAUCAAAGAACAAAAGAAGAGGGAUCAGGAAGAGAAGGCAAAGCGAAAAGAAUUUGAGAGAAGCGCAGCAGCAGCCAGCACUGGUGCUCCUGCCGCGUCGUCGUCGUCGUUGUCGUCCUUGUCGUACGAUGGGAGAGCCGCUCGACGUGAUGAAUUCCCAAGGGCUGAGCAGUACGACCCGCGCGAUCCAAGGAAUCGCAAUCGGCACUACAAUGGCAGAGAUCGAGGGGCAGAGGACCGGAGACAAACGGCGAUAACUCCCUCCUCAAGCCAGUCGAACGGCUCAGCAUCGUACAAUGGACAUGGUGCUUCGACUUUGCAAACCCAAAAGCAGGCUGACGCGGAGCAGAACACGUUGACGGAGGCAGAGCAAGCUCUGAUCCGCAACAAGUACUUAGGUAUCACGGAGCGGUCCAAGAAAAAGACGAGAAAGCAGCUCCAGGAUAAAAAGCUCAUGUUUGGGUGGGACCAAAACGAGGACACAUCCGACAAGCUAAAUCCAGCUCUCUUUGAUCGUCAAGUCGAAGCGAGAGUCUUUGGCGCAGGUGGUCGCGCUGGCAUGGACCCCGCUCAGCAAGAGGCGUCGAAUGGCGCAACCAAUGGCGACCCGCUGCGACGAGGGGCCAAAUCGGCGUUUGCAGAGAAGCACUGGAGUGAAAAGACUCUCGAGGAGAUGAAGGAGAGAGACUGGCGCAUCUUCCGGGAGGACUUCGCCAUUUCCAGCAGAGGUGGCCAUAUUCCCCGACCGCUCCGAUCGUGGCGGGAGAGCACGAUCCCCGAGCCGAUUCUUAAAGCUAUUGACGAGAUCGGGUAUACCGAACCUUCACCCAUUCAACGACAGGCCAUCCCCAUCGGACUUCAGAACCGCGACUUGAUCGGUAUCGCAGAGACGGGUUCAGGAAAGACUGCCUCGUUCGUCAUUCCUAUGCUGGCCUACAUCUCGCAAUUGCCCCCAUUGUCGGAUGCAAAUCGGCACCUGGGUCCGUAUGCGCUCAUCAUUGCGCCCACUCGCGAGCUGGCUCAGCAGAUCGAGGUCGAGACCAAAAAGUUCACGGAUAGCCUUGGCUUCAAAUGUGUGUCCAUCGUGGGCGGGCGCGACAUGAACGAGCAGGCCUUCAGCUUAAGAGAUGGAGCGGAAGUCAUCGUCGCCACGCCUGGUCGUUUGAAGGACUGCGUGGAGCGCCACGUUCUCGUCUUGAGCCAGUGCCUUUACCUGGUCCUCGAUGAAGCCGACAAGUCUAUCGGCCUUGGUUUUGCAGACGUGCUUGACUACAUCCUCGACUCGAUGCCUGCAUCUAAUCUCAAGCCCGAUACCGAGGAAGCAGAGGAUCCUUUGGCUCUGAUGAGGAACGAGGCGAUUAAAGUGCCAAAGUAUCGCGUUACGAUGCUCUACUCAGCCACGAUGCCGCCCAGUGUUGAACGACUUGCACGCAAUUAUCUGAGACGACCUGCGCACAUCACUAUCGGCGAAGCGAACCAGGCCGUGGGCACCGUGGAGCAGCGCGUCGAGUUCAUUUCCGGCGAGGACAAGAAGAAGGCCAGGCUGAUGCAACUCUUGUCCUCUGGUCUCGAACCACCGAUGAUUGUCUUCAGCACGACGAAACAAUCGGUGGACAGCCUUUCCAGAGACUUAAACAGGGCAGGCUGGAAUGUUGCAACACUCCAUUCAGGCAAGACACAAAGCCAGCGAGAAGAAGCUCUCGCCUCGUUGAGAUCGGGACAAUGCCCCAUCCUUGUCGCCACCGACCUGGCCGGCCGAGGUAUCGACGUACCCGACGUGAGCGCCGUCAUCAACUUCCAAUUUCCAACAUCGUUCGAAGCUUACAUCCAUCGUAUUGGCCGGACAGGUCGUGCGGGCAAACGAGGUGUGGCUUUCACGUUUUUGGAGAAUCACGACGAGGACUACUUCUACGAUCUCAAACAGGAGUUGUCGAGGAGCAAGCUUUCGAGCGUGCCGAGGGAACUCGAUCGGCAUCCGGCCGCCCAGAGACGCAUCACGCGCGAGAUGAAGCGAAAGAGAAACGAAGAGGAGGAGUGACCUGCAUUGUCGACCUUCCUACCUUUCCAUACGGCAUGAUUCUUGCAGGACUUUGCCAAUGAGCGAUUUGAAAUGACAUUAUUGAUGUAGUUGUAC